AAAGGUCUCAAAUGAAACCCAAGAACCAAAGUUUAUAAUCCUAAAAACGGACCGUUUUAAAUGGUCUAUUCUUGAAUAAAAUGUGUGGUUGAUUAGUUGAACAACAAUUUUUUAAUUACGUAUUUAUGUGGAGAUUAAAAUAUGUUCGAGUGGGCUAGUAAAUUUGAGGAAUUACAUAAAGUAUGCACCUUAUUCAACCUAACAGAAAUUGACUGUCCACUUAGAUUUUCUUAUAAAUCUCUCAAAGGAUAUAUUCAGGAUGGUCCUCAAUGCGGCCUGGUCGCUUUGGCUAUAGCAUGCGGAAACCCUGAUAAGGAAUUAAUUGACAAAAUUUUUCAGUAUGCUAAAAUACAUCACUUUUCAUAUAAUGGUGAGAUAUUUAGUGUUCAGUACAUGGAAAACUUGGCAAGGUUUUUUCUGAACAACGGUUAUAGAAUUCAUGUUUUCCAUGGGGAAUUGAAUAGCCUUGAAACUAGAGAACACCUUAUGAAUGGUGGACUGGUUCUUGUACCUUAUGAUACAGAUAAAAAUAACUCUCCAGGUCUAUACAAUGGACAUAAAGCUCAUUGGGCCAUUCUGUGUGGGGCUGUUGAGACGAAUGAUAGUUUCUACAUGAUAGCAAGACAUGGAAAAGCUAGAAAUGUGGCCAUAUGGAAACUGACAGAUUUAUCUAUAAGCAAUAUGCAAUUAAACGAAUUCUCUCCCGACAGGAAACAUUCUGAUCUCCAGUAUAAAAUUCCAGAAGGGGGUUUAUCUGGGGAUUCAGGGUUGAAAAAUGGUGCAGUUUUCAUACAAGAGCUGUAAAUAUAUUUCUGAUGAAAUGUUCUGAUUUGUGUGAAAGCUAGAGAAAUUCCAAUAAAUGCAGAAAACAGUCA